AUGAACAGGGGAGCAAUCAAACGUUCUCCCAGUUUAAAUCAGCUUCCAAACGUUGGCACGCUCACCAUUACGAAUGAAACGCCAACUCCAACGGGCGCUAAUACGUUAAAUAGACCUGCCCAAGCGUCACAAUCACUAUAUCAGUUAUGUUUAGAACUGUUGGAACGACUAUAUUGUGUAGAUGGCUUUGAAGAAUAUCUGGAGCAGGCACAAAGCAACAUACAGAAUAAUAACAUUAAUAAUAACAGUACUGGAAUUGGAACACCAACUACUGAAACGCCAAAUGGACUUAUUCAAAGCGACCCUGUUACACUAUUAUGGCAAACAUUUCGUUUAGGAUAUCCAUUGUGUGCUUUAUUUAAUGCCAUGCAACCGGCGAUGUCAAUAGCGGCUGAGUUUACUCAACCACCAAGCUUGACGACUAAACCCAGUAGCUCUCAUGCAAAAACGAAUCAAAAAAGUGUAUACCAUUUUCUAGUCGCUUGUAAAGCAGAACUCAAACUCAAAGAGGAAUCAAUGUUUGGAAUUUCUUCAUUAUACAAAGAUGAUACCAAUGAUUUUGUCAAAGUAAUUAAUACGGUCAAAAGCGUAACUGACAAAAUUGAAGAAAAGGGUCUCUUGAAUUUAUCCAGACGACAACUUUUACGAAGUUCUGAUCCUAUGGCACCAAAAGAUAAUCGUGCACGAGUUGUUCAUGAAUUACUGGAAACAGAAAGGAAAUAUGUACAAGAUAUGGAAGCGUUACAGGAUUAUGCAAGAAAACUGCAGAAUCAAGAGAUUGUUAACGCAGAUACAAUCCAUCAUCUUUUUGCAAAUCUGAAUCAAUUAGUAGAUUUUCAACGUCGUUUUCUUAUUGGCGUGGAAACUAAUGCUAGUUAUCCACCGUCAGAACAAAGAUUCGGCUACUUGUUUUUAUCUAUGGAAGAGAAUUUCGAAGUAUACCAGCCAUUCUGUGCAAAUUAUCAAUCUGCAUCAGAGUUGGUCAUUCAAGAACGUCAGAAUCUUAUGCAAUUAAAAGAUGUGGUAGAACCGACUUACGAACUUCCAUCCUUAUUAAUCAAACCUAUUCAACGUAUUUGCAAAUAUCCUUUGUUAUUACAGGAAUUAUUAAAAUACACUGAUAAAAAUGAAAAUCCUUAUUAUGAUGAAAUUGAACAAGGACUCAAGGCGAUCAAACGAGUAACCGACCGAGUGAAUGAGACUCGGCGGAAACAGGAGAAUGAAGCGGUAGUAAAAGAUCUUGAACGCCGAGUUGAAGAUUGGAAGGGUCACAAUAUUUCCUCUUUUGGAUCUCUAUUACUUGAAGAUGUGUUUAUAAUGCAAAAAGAUGAUUCAGAACGUGAAUACCAUGUGUAUCUUUUCGAAAGGAUUCUUCUUUGUUGCAAAGAUACUUCUAAGCAAAACCCAAAAAACAAUAUAAUCAAAAAUAAUCGGAGACAAAAAAGAGCAAGCCUUCAACUCAAAGGGAGGAUUUUUAUACACAAUAUUACGGCUGUUGUUAACCACAGUCACCCUGGAUUGUGGUUAAUUAAAGUAUUCUGGCGUGGUGAUACUGAAAUGGAAUCUUUCUCGCUAAAAUGCCGUAAUGAAGAGCAACUCAAAAAAUGGCAAAAUGCCUUGGAGAAAUUACUUUCUGAGCAUCAAUCAUCAGCAAAUGCCUCCUCGAGAGGAUCAUUUGACACAACUACUUCCCCUAUCAAACGUACCGGCGUUUCUAGUACCCAAUUAGCUUCAUUACAGAAUCUUGAUUGGACCCUCAAGCAAUCCCGAAGCCAAUCAUUACCUUAUGGUCAAAUGCCUCAGUACAAUGGCCGGAAAACACGAGAUGAAAAUAUAUCAGCUCCUUAUAAUUGGAGAUCAAAUACGCCACCUUUACCUAAUUUACCUCAGCAACAACAAAUGCAUCAUCAUUUGCCUCGACAUCCCAAUAAUAUGUCAAUGCCACCAUUACCCCGUAAUGGAUCAACAACUGCGCCCCCUACAAUGGCCUCUUUCCCAUCCAAUGUUGUUCUACCAAAUGAAUACGCUGCCUCAUCAUCUAAUAUAUCUUAUUCUAAUAAUAAUUAUCUUCCGAGUUCACCCCCCUCAAAUCCUGCUUCUUCACCGCAAUCCACGCGUAGUAGUACUAGUACGGGAUCUCAUCCACAUGGCAUAUUGCAACGUAGAAACAGUGAGCAUUUUGCUGAUUCUAUUGCCAAAUUCAUGAUGUCAACAGAGGAUGAUGAUUAUAUUACGCCUCCGCCGCCAAUUCAACGAACAUUAUCACAUAGUGCUGCUUCUGGCCAGACAUUUCAGCAAACUAACGGAUCUUUACCAUUGCAACAACAAAAUGUUGGUAGCAACAUACAAAAUAAGUCUAUGCGAAAACGAUCUCAAAGCAGUCCAAAUAUUCAGGCUAUCCCUGAAACUUAUGAUGAACUUGUGCCUGACUUACCUAAUAAUGGAAAUAUACCACUAUCAAACAGUAAUGAAUUUCACUCAUUGGCUACUCUACAACGUCAUAGUGGUUCAAGUACUUCGUCACAACAAUCUGUUGGGGCCUCGACAGCCAGUCCAACCGGUAGCGCUUCCUCACAUUCACUCACAUCACCGAUUUCUAAUGGUUCAAUCAACGGAAAACAUUACGCCCAAGCAAAUGUUGGACUUGGCAUCUCCAUGAAAAUUAAAGUUAAUUAUUCUGGCGAAAUUUUUGUUAUUGUUGUUCCCCAAGAAAUUGAAUAUCGAGACUUAUGUGAACGUAUUGAGCGCAAGAUUAGAUUAGUCACAACUGGCCGAGAUGAUAGCAUCCCGAUACGCAUAAAGUAUCAGGAUGAAGAUGGAGAUCAUGUUACCAUUAAUUCUGAUGAAGAUGUACAAAUGGCAUUCGAGGGGCGGUUAGCUGCCGGAGGAAAUUUUGUAAAUUUGUAUGUUAGUUAA